AUGGCAACAAGUGAAUAUAAUUUGAGAAGUACGAAAGAUGAUAAAAUAUCCGACUUGUUCGAUAACAAUUAUGUAAACAAACCAGGGGACCAUUCACAGAACGAACCUCCAGGCAGCGAACACCAACCUCAACCGGUACUAAUGUUUAGCACGGCGCCACCGCAAGUCAAUGAUUCCACUUACCCAAGAAUCUUCCAGGGUAAUUGCACGGAGGCUCUAAAUUGGCGGGCGUACUAUGAAAAUUGGUUGAUAUUUAAGCAUUCGCUAAUGGUAGAUAAUGAAGGUAACAUGAGAGACAGCCGCAAUGAAUUCAACCCGACGAUGGUAACAUCACUUUUGAACCUGUUAUUGCGCGAACCUGCUAAUCACUGGCCAAAUUCGCCACCUGCUAAGACAAAACGAUCAUUCAAUGAGCUGAAGACUUGUUUUCAUGAACAUUAUAACCCAAAAGAUACUUCGUUUAGUCCAAUUGAGAAGUUGUUCCAAAUAAGAAAAGCUUUUCAUGAAAUCAACUUGGCAGUGGAGAGGUUCCGACGUGAGGUGGUCCAGUGGUGCAUGGAUGACCUCUUUCCACUCUUCCUCUUCGUCGUCAUCAGGUCACGCAUCCAACAUCUUGGAGCUGAAAUAAAUUUCAUCAACGAGCUGACGGACAAGAACAUGGAGAUGGGGGAGCUUGCCAUUAUGUUCACCACACUCAAGUUGAUGUUCAUGUUUGUAAAUUUAGAAUUCUACAUCUUCAGAAAGUUUCAUGAUAUACUAUAA